AAAUGGCAACCGCGCCGCCCUCAUCUCCCUUCAUCUCCUCAAGCAAAGCAAAGGCGAGCGCGAGAGAAACCUGAACCAACUUCCCAGACCCGCUACUCCCUCGCCGCGAUUUCCUCACAUGGCAGCGCUGCGCCUCCGCGAAUCACUCGAGAGGAACGGCCCCCGCUUCUAUUUAUCCGGCCCUUGUCCCUGCGCCGACCCGCGUUGCCCCAGUCCCGAUCUCGCCGCCCCCUUCUCCUCCCUCCGCGUCCAUCGCACCCGCUCCUGAUCCCGCUUGCUUGCUCUGGUUCUGCUUCCGCCGUUUGUCUCGCGGGUCCUGGGAGCUCCUGAGCCCUGGUUCUGUCUCUAGCCUGUCUUGCCAUGGGGAAGAGCAAGAAGAGCAAGGCCCGCGGCGGCAGGGACGACCUGCUCGACAGCAGCGACGCCGACAGCGUCAGCUCCUCGUCCACCGCACUGUCGGAUCUCUCCAUCUCGUACGCUACCGAGCACGUCAACUCGCAGGAGUUCGUCCUGGACAAGUACAUCGACGCGCUCUACGAGAAGAGGGGGUCUACAAGAGAGGCAGCAUUGGGUAAACUGGUUGAUGCCUUUGAAAGUUUUAUGCUCCAUGGCCUUGUGGAGGACAAGUAUGCCACUCUGAUGAGUCAAUUAAAUAAUUCCGUGAAAAGGGGAUCUACUAAGGAGGUUUUUCUGGCAUCUCAUUCCAUUGGGUUAUUGGCUAUUACACUCGGUGUUGGGAGCAGUUCACAUGAAAUAAUGGAGGAGUCACAUCCCCAACUUUGUAGGGUACUUCAAGCUUGGUCCGAUGCAUCAAAGAUGAUAUCUGCACUUGAUUGUUUGGCUGUCAUCACAUUUGUUGGAGCAUCUGAUCUGGCUGAAACAGAGUUAUCUUUGAAAGCCAUGUGGGAUGUGAUUCAUCCAAAGUCUGGUUCAAAUGUGGGAACUGUUCGGAAACCUAGGCCUCCUGUGUUAGCAGCUGCUGUAUCUGCAUGGACUUUUCUCCUGACUACUAUUGGUUCAUGGAGGAUAAAUACCAAUAUCUGGAAAGAGCCCAUUGCAUUUCUGUCUACUCUUUUGGAAGCAGAUGAUCGUGCUGUUCGGAUGGCUGCUGGUGAAGCAUUGGUUUUGUGCUUUGAGUUAAAUCUGCUUGAUGUUUCUUCUCGUGAGGACGAUGGUGUUAACACAGGAGGAACAGCUGGUUCUAAGAACAAGCUUUUCUUGGAUAUGCAAGCAUUAAAAGCAAAAAUAUCAGGUCUGGCCACUAAUCUCUCUGCUGAGGCUGGGGGGCAAGGUGCAGACAAGAAAAAACUUACUGACCAAAGAGACUUAUUUCAAAGGAUCUUAGAUUUUGUCAAGUAUGGUGACUGCCCUGAAGAAUCAAUCAAGAUUGCUGGAAAACGUGAUGUUUUAAGGGUGUCGUCAUGGUCUGAAUUAAUCCAGGGGUUUCUGGGGAAAGGCUUUCUGAAGCAUGUUCAGGAGAAUGGACUUCUUCAGGAUAUAUUUGACAUUAAGGUUGACAAAACCGAAACCCUGUCGUCCACUAACAAGAAAAUCUUUAGGUCUGAAGAGGAAAAAGGAAGAGCUCUGAAAUUGAACAAGGAACGUCGUCUAGCCCAGGUAAGGAAGAAUGCUGUCAUGUUGGACGACUAACAAGGUCACAAGGGUGGGAAGGCAACAGCCAUUCCGCGUCUCUGUUUAAACUACUAUUUACUGGGCUGUCAUGUUGGGCCGUUGUCUGUGUAAACUACUAUUUACUGGCACAUUCCAUUGGAGGUUGUGCCGUCAUAGUACUGAGACACUUGAGUUAUACUGAUAUAGUGCACGUAAGCGAUUUACUAUUCGUACAUAUGGAACGUCAGAUAGCAUGACUUAUGUUGGAAUAAUAAAGUUAAUUAGAAGUUCAGCUAGAUUCAUGUGGGAAUAGCAAGAAGUUACUUCGAAUUUUAGGGUUUGUUUGGUUCAGCUUCCUAAACUAGAUUCGUUGCCAAAAAAUUUGGAAUCUCAAACAAAUAAGUACAAUAGAAUUUUUCUUUC